CCCCGGAAGUAUAUGUUUACAGUGACGAAGUUAUGGGCGGUGUUUGCACUCAUCAGACUGUCUUCUCGGAUGAAGAACUAGAAGAGUAUUCGAAUCUGACUUACUUUAGUAAGGCGGAAGUUCUCUAUGCUUUCAAGCGGUUUUCGAUGUUGGAUCCUGUUCGUGUCGCACAAAAUAGAAAUGCCAAGUUGACAAUGAGGACAAUACUCAAUAACUUGAAUGAGCUUAGUGUUAAUCCGUUUAAGGAGCGUAUUUGUAAGGUAUUUUCAAGCUCUGGAAAUGGAGACCUGACUUUUGAGGAUUUCCUUGACAUGAUGUCAGUAUUCAGUGAGGAGGCACCGAAAUCAUUAAAAAUUCAGUGGGCAUUUCGAGUGUACGACUUCGAUGAUGACAGAAGGCUUAACCGGAAAGACCUACAGAUAUUAUUGAGCCAACUCUGUGGACAGGAUGCUGAACUUCUAGAUGACGAUAAACGGUUAAGCACAAGAGAUCAGAGGGAGAUUGUUGAUCAGAUAUUGCAAGAAGGUGAUCUGGAUCAGGACGACUCACUGAGUUUCCCUGAGUUUGAAAUUCUCAUCUCCAAAUGUCCUGAAUUUCUCAACACAUUCAGAAUUAAGCUCUGAGUGGAGUGUAACCCACUCGGUUCUUCGCAAACAAAUGUGAACAGGGCAUUCAGACACAUUUCUGUAGAACUUUGUGUUCACACACAUUUCUUCCUCUAUUUGUCUAUUCUGGUACAAAUUUUUUUAGUCUUUAUUGAUGUUUGAGUAUCUACAACUAAAAUACAUCAACUGGA